GGGGCUCCCGACUGGCAAGGGAGGCUGGACCCAAAAGCUGCAGCGGCUGCAGCUCGGGGAUCGGGGAGCGGACCAUGGCGGCGAACCUCAGCCGGAACGGGCCGGCGCUGCAAGAGGCCUACGUGCGGGUGGUCACCGAGAAGUCCCCGACCGACUGGGCUCUGUUUACCUACGAGGGCAACAGCAAUGACAUUCGUGUGGCUGGCACAGGGGAGGGUGGUCUGGAGGAGCUGGUGGAGGAACUCAACAGUGGGAAGGUGAUGUAUGCCUUCUGCAGGGUGAAGGACCCCAACUCUGGCCUGCCCAAGUUUGUCCUCAUCAAUUGGACAGGCGAGGGUGUGAAUGAUGUGCGGAAGGGAGCAUGCGCCAACCACGUCAGCACCAUGGCCAACUUCUUGAAGGGGGCCCAUGUGACCAUCAAUGCACGAGCAGAGGAGGAUGUGGAGCCUGAGUGCAUCAUGCAGAAAGUGGCCAAGGCCUCCGGGGCCAACUACAGCUUCCACAGGGAAAGCAGCCGCUUCCAGGAUGCAGGACCCCAGGCUCCAGUGGGUUCUGUGUACCAGAAGACCAAUGCCAUAUCUGAGAUCAAGAGAGUUGGAAAAGACAGCUUCUGGGCCAAAGCUGAGAAGGAGGAGGAGAACCGCCGGCUGGAGGAGAAGCGACGGGCUGAGGAGGAACAGCGGCAGCUGGAACAGGAGCGCCGGGAGCGGGAGCUGCAGGAGGCAGCCCGCCGAGAGCAACGCUACCAGGAGCAGCACAGAGAAGCCAGCCCCUCAGGCAGGACAUGUGAACAGCAGCAAGAAGUGGUUUCAAAGAACAGAGAGGAGCAGGUGUUUUCUGGUCAGCGGACUGCACACCCGCGGGAGAUUUUUAAGCAGAAGGAGAGGGCCAUGUCUACCACCUCCAUCUCCAGCCCUCAGCCAGGCAAGCUGAAGAGCCCCUUCCUGCAGAAACAGCUCACCCAACCAGAGACCUCCUUUGGCAGAGAGCCAACUCCCACUAUCUCAAGGCCCGUGGCAGAUGUCUGUGAGGAGCCAGCACCCAGCAUUCCUCCAAGUCUGGUGCAGGCGGAAGAGGAAGCCACAUACGAGGAACCCCCAGAGCAAGAGACCCUCUAUGAGGAACCUCCAAUGGUGCAGCAGCAAGACACUGGCUCUGAGCACAUUGACCACUAUACACAGGCCCAGGGACUCAGUGGGCAAGGGCUAUGUGCCCGGGCCCUGUAUGACUACCAAGCAGCGGAUGACACGGAGAUCUCCUUUGAUCCUGAGAACCUCAUUACUGGCAUCGAGGUGAUCGACGAAGGCUGGUGGCGUGGCUAUGGGCCUGAUGGCCACUUUGGCAUGUUUCCUGCCAACUACGUGGAGCUCAUUGAGUGAGGCUGAGGCCCAUCUUUCCCUUCCCCACCCAGAUGUGGCUUCCUUAUUGUUAAAAGAGGAGGUGCAAGAGUCAGUGUUCGCCAUUUCCAAGAAUGGAACCACCAUGAGGACAAGGCCUCAGGGCUUCCUCUGGCUUGGGUGGUUCAGCCUCUGUCACCCCAGAUGCAGCAAUAACCCAGUGAUUCACAAACACACUUCCUGCAGCCUCCCAGAUGCUCCCACUAGUCUGGCGCUUCACCUCUGUGGGAGACUGAGCUAAGCCCCACCUGUAGCAAGCCCCCAGGUAAUCUCUGCCUGAGGAGAGUAGGUACUGCCAAGUUGGGUCUCUGAGCAGGGGCAUCUGGGGGCAGCCUUCUGUAUUUGCCUUUUCUUUCUCUCUGGCUUCUAUAGGGUGGUGGCUGCAACUAUUUAGAAUGACCUUUGGGAACAGUGAAUUUAGAGAAUUGCUUUUAGCAGUCUAUGACCAAAGUCAGAGUGGACCAUGAUGAAUUUGAUAGCAGGGAAUUAUUGUCUUUCUGGAGCCUACCUGGCCCCACUCCAUUUCUGUCCCUGAGUUUGGGCCAUGGGAAGCAGGGAUGGGAUGACCAAGCUCCCAUCUCUGGGUAUGUGAAAAAUCAAAGACAUGUUGUGUCCUU